AUGACGAUUUUAACCCUAACCACCCUAUGUUCACCUGAACACCGCAAAAUCUAUACAUUUUUCAGCACUCGUUCAUGCCGUCAACUUCGCCGUCGCCUAUUUCUGGUUGAAAAAUUGAAGGAUGCAAAUACUGUUGGCUUGGUGGUUGGAAGUGUUGGUGUUGAUCAACAUAAGUGAGUUUUAAGGCCUUAAUUAAGGUAUCUAGGGUAAAAAUUGGUGGUUUCUAAGGUAUUUUAGGGUAAAAAUCGGGGGUUUUUAAGCCCUGGGGUUGUUUUAACAUAAAUUUAACGUUGAUAGGUCAAUUUUCAUGGUUUUAAGGUUCCUAAGGUAAUUUCAACAUAGAUUUAACGUUCCUGAGUCAAUUUUCAUGGUUUUAAGGUCCUUAGGGUCAUUUUAACCUAAAUUCAAGGUUCUCAGGUCAAUAUGCAUGAUUUUUUAGGUUCCUAUGGUCAUUUCAACAUAAAUUUAACGUUCCUGAGUCAGUUUUAAUGGUUUUUAAGGUCCCCGGGGUCAUUUUACCCUAAAUGCAAUGUUCUUAGGUUAAUUUUCAUGGUUUUAAGGUCCCUAGCGUUAUUUUGGUCCCUAAAAACUCACCCUUCUUUCAGAGAAGCCGUCCAAAGAAUGCGUCAACUUUGCAAAGCGGCUGGCAAGAAAAUCUAUGUGAUUUCAGUUGGAAAAGUUGGUUUUCCCCUCGGAUUUUCCCCAAAAAUCCAAUUUUUUCCAGAUAAAUGUGCCGAAAUUGUCGAAUUUCUCAUCGGACAUCGAUGUUUUUGUGCUUCUUUCAUGUCCGUUUGGAGUUUUGUUGGAUUCUGGAGAUUAUUAUCGACCGGUUUUGUCGUUUUUUGAAGCUGAGGUGGGUGUUUUUGGGGGGAAAUUUGAUAAAAAUUCUGAAAAUUUUAUAUUCUUUUGACUAACAAAAAAAUUUGGCCUCUGAAAAAUACACAAAUUUUUGUCUCCAAAAUUCCAAGGAAAAUGUAUGUUUCAAAAUUUUCUGAUAAAAAUUGAGAAUUUAAUUUUUUCGAUACCUUCAAUUCAAAAAUUUUGUAUAAACGCAGAACAGCCCCCCCCCCCCACCUGAUUAUGUCCCCCCGGGCUCGGCAAAGCCCCCCACUUUUGUAAAAUUGCCCCCCCCCCAUUAUAAUGGUAUAAGGCAGUGGGGGUGUAUUCUGAAAUUAUCAAAAUUUGAGAAGUGGGUAAAUUUUUUUAUCUUUAAUUGAACCUUAAGGGCCUUAAAGUAUUUCUAAAAUAGUACCCUAAUAGACGUUAAAAACCUCUACAAUAAUACUUUAAUAUGACCUAAACUUACCAUAAGUCUCGAAUUGAUCACCCUUCAGAAAACCUUUAUAACUGGGAUCGAAAAUAGAAGGAUCCCGAAACAUGUUAUGCUUAUAAUAGGAGACUAGAAACCCUUGAGCGGAAUUUUCUAGUUCUGAUUUUUUCUAGUUCUGAUAACCCUGAAACCAGGUGGAAUUGAACUAGGAAGAAGACAAUGGAAAUCAAGAUUUUCAUUUCUGUGAGAAAAUUGAAAUGUGUGGGAGUUUUAUUGCAAAUUAUUUUUAUUUGAAAAAAAAUCACAUUUUGAAUUAGUGAAAUGGGAAAUUGUAGAACUUUGGACCUGGAAUUUUGAAUUUGAAAAUCAAAUAUAUUCCAGUAAAUAAUUUUUCUCAAAAAUUAAAUUUUGAAAAUUCAAAAAAAAAUUUUUAUUUUUUGAAAUUUUGAGCUUCAGAAAAAUUCUUUUGAAAAAUGUAAAAUUUUUUACUCAAAAAAAUUAUAUUUCAAAUUUCUGGCGCCAAAAAUCGAAAAUUUCAUAAUAAUUUGCCACGUGGAUUUUUUGGCGCCAAAUUGAAAAUUUCGAAUUUUUUGAAUUUCAAGAAAAUUCUUGAAUUUUGCUGAAAAAAUUAAAGUUUUUUCAAAUUUCUCAAAAUUUUCAGAAAAAUUCGAAAAUUCAGGAAUUUUGCCCCAAAAAUCCCUCUAAAAAUUGAAUUUUCAAAUUUUGGCGCCAAAAAUCCCUCCCCAGCUCCAAAUUCCAACCCAAAACCAUUCCAGAUCGCUCUAAAUCCCUCCAAAUCCCACUGGGCCGCAGAUUCGGGCUGGCGGGCCGAUUUCGGCCGACAUCUUCAAGACCAAAUCGCCACCCACAGUAAUCCAGAAGUCCAAGAAGGAGACGUGAGCCUAAUUUCGGGAAAAGUUCGGGCCCGGCCCGAAAUUAUCCAAAAUGGAGAAGGUCCCGAAGCGCAAAAGACUACGGUAGCCCUCUAUUCAGCUGGUGACUAUUUUGCUGAAAGAAGUUGGAAGGGGUUGGAUGACACGGCGGCUACAGUAACCCAGAGUACUGUAGUUGAGGAGGGAAGACGUGGCAUUGCUCAGGGUUAUCAGGGGAAAUAA